CCCUCGCCCUCCGUCGCAGGAAGGCUGAAACAACAACCCCCAGCAUGCCUCGCGACGGUUGGCAGGUUCCCAUACGGGACCAUACGGCCCAGGGUGCCGAUGGGAGUUGGAGUUCUUUGUUGUUCGGAUGGCUCAACGGAUGCACGGGGUGGGUGUGGGGGGACUAGAGCGUUUGGGUGCCUCCGCAGAAAGAACAGUAAGACCCCGCCGCCAUGUUCCCGGAGCCCCCAACACCGGGGCCUCCAGCGACCGACACGCCUCCUGACUCGAGUCGCAUCAGCCACGGCCCUGUGCCCCCCUGGGCUCUGGCCACCAUCGUGCUGGUCUCAGGCCUCCUCAUCUUCAGCUGCUGUUUCUGUCUCUACCGGAAGCGUUGUCGGAGGCGGAUGGGCAAGAAGAGCCAGGCUCAAGCCCAGGUCCACCUUCAGGAAGUGAAGGAGCUGGGCCGGAGUUACAUAGACAAGGUGCAGCCAGAAGUGGAGGAGCUGGAGCCGACACCAUCUGGGCCAGGGCAGCAGGUGGCAGAGAAGCAUGAACUAGGACGACUACAGUACUCACUGGAUUAUGAUUUCCAGAGUGGCCAGCUGCUGGUGGGCAUCGUGCAAGCUGCGGGAUUGGCAGCCUUGGACCUCGGUGGCUCCUCUGACCCCUACGUGCGGGUUUACCUGCUGCCAGACAAACGGAGGCGGCACGAGACCAGGGUGCAUCGGCAGACGCUGAACCCACACUUUGGGGAGAACUUUGCCUUCAAGGUCCCCUACGUGGAGCUGGGGGGCAGGGUACUGGUCAUGGCAGUAUACGACUUCGACCGCUUCUCCCGCAACGACGCCAUUGGGGAGGUGCGGGUCCCCAUGAGCUCCGUGGACUUGGGGCGGCCAGUGCUGGCCUGGCGGGAGCUGCAGGCGGCUCCUCGGGAGGAGGAGAAACUAGGUGACAUCUGCUUCUCCCUCCGCUAUGUCCCCACGGCUGGGAAGCUCACCGUCAUCGUCCUGGAGGCUAAAAACCUGAAGAAGAUGGAUGUAGCAGGGCUGUCAGAUCCGUAUGUCAAGGUCCACCUGCUGCAGGGCGGCAAAAAGGUGCGGAAGAAGAAAACGACCAUCAAGAAGAAUACUCUGAACCCCUAUUACAACGAGGCCUUCAGCUUCGAGGUGCCCUGUGACCAGGUCCAGAAGGUUCAGGUGGAGCUGACUGUGCUAGACUACGACAAGCUGGGCAAGAACGAGGCCAUCGGGAGGGUGGCCGUAGGGGCAGCGGCCGGGGGCGCUGGCCUGCGGCACUGGGCAGACAUGUUGGCCAACCCCCGGCGGCCCAUCGCCCAGUGGCACUCGCUGCGGCCCCCUGACCGAGUGAGGCCACCGCCAGCACCCUGAUCCCCACCCUCAAGCCCCUGACCCCAGACUCCUGGCCAAAGCCACGUCCAUGCCCACCUUUAAGCCUUCUCUGAACGCUAACACCCCCCCCCCAACUCUACCCAUUCCUGCCUUCUCCCCACCCCCAUUAUGCCAAUCAUGAUAACCUGCCAACUCCCCCAAUAUGGCACAUGCCCAGAAGCCCCAGGGACCCCUGGAGGAGGGGAGCAGUCUGGGCUCCCGCCAUCCCAGGGUCCCGCCCUCUGCUUUGACAAUCAGUGAUCCCAGCCUACUAUCCCCUUGGCUCCCAGUACCCCUUUUCCUGCACAGUAUCACCCACUCCUGUCCCCGGUCUGAUUCCUGCACCGCUCCUGGGACCAAAUAAAUACUCAGCAACUUU